UUUUGUUGUUUUAUAGGUGAACAUUUAACCGGUGAAUUUCGCGAUAAAGUAAAUCGUUUGAGAAAGCUACCCGCUAUCACCGAUCACGGUUUUCAAUUAUCAGAAGAUGUGGCGAUAUUCAGGCAUUUAUCACGAGAGAAACUCGUGCCUGAACAUUGGUAUCCACGUAAACAUCUUGGACGUAGUCGCAUCGAUGAAUUCUUAGCUUGGCAACAAAGUAAUAUGGGCGUGGCAUGUACUGAUUUGUUUCAACAAAAAUGGCUAGUACCUUAUUUGGAAAAGACGCAACCAAAUAAUAAUUCCGUCAAUCAUGCUACCAAACGUCUCGAACAUACGUUAAAUGACUUUGAAAAAUUAUUUUUGAAUUCAAAAAAAUUUAUUAUUGGUAAUAAUAUUUCCUUUGCUGAUCUCUCUGCCAUCUGUGAAAUUGAUCAACCAAAAUCAAUUGGUUUCAAUCCAUUUAGUAAUCGCGUUAAACUAGCUAGAUGGUAUGAAUCGGUACGUGACGAAUUGGGUCCUUUCUACAAGGAAGUAACCGAAGAUUUUGAAAAUAAACUUAAAAAUGCUGAAAAUAACAUGGAAGCUGUUUCAUUAAAACAGUAAAUUAUUGUUACUUAGUUUUUAAUUUUUAAACGAUUUUUAUUUUAAAAUUUUACCUAAGAAA